AACAAAAGACAGCCUUUUUUUUUCGGACAACUUAUUUAAAAGUACAGCAGAUAUUAAAAAAGAAAAAGAGGUAUGGUACUGGAGACUAAAAAAAAAAAAAAAACACUAUUUCUCCGUCUCCAUUUUGCUUUAAUUAUAUUCGUUUUGAUUCUUUUUUCCUGUUCCCAAACUUUUUUUUUUUAAUGAAAGUCGUUUCUCCGGCGUAGUUAAUCCUGCCGGAGUCUUGAACUGUUUGAAGAAAUUCUGAAAAAGAAAGGAAAUGUCAGUGUACGACGCGGCAUUUGUUAACACGGAGCUAUCAAAGCCGACGUCGAUAUUCGGGUUAAGAUUAUGGGUGGUGAUCGGUAUUCUACUUGGUUCACUCAUAGUCUUGACUCUGUUUCUUCUCUCACUUUGCCUCACAACACGCCGCAAAUCUCGUAGACAUCAACACCUGGACCCCACGCCGCCAAUUUCCAAAGAGAUCCAAGAAAUAGUCCAUCACCCUCCCGCACCAGAUCACCACCAUGCCGCCCCGCCGGUACCGGAGAUUCAAGUUGACUUGGGGAAAGUGGAACACAGGGUGGUGUUCUCCAGUGGGGAAAGCAGAGGGCCGACGAGUGCCGCUGCUAGUGUGAGCGAGACGGCGUCGUUUGGAAGUGGAAGCGUGGGUCCGGAAGUGUCUCAUCUUGGGUGGGGAAGAUGGUAUACUUUGAGGGAACUUGAAUUAGCUACCAAUGGAUUGUGUGAAGAGAAUGUGAUUGGGGAAGGUGGCUAUGGAAUUGUUUAUAGUGGCGUUUUAACUGACGGAACUAAAGUUGCUGUUAAGAAUUUGCUUAAUAACAGGGGUCAAGCUGAGAAGGAAUUUAAGGUGGAGGUGGAAGCAAUUGGGCGUGUAAGGCACAAGAAUCUUGUAAGAUUGCUUGGAUACUGUGUUGAAGGUGCAUAUAGGAUGCUUGUAUAUGAGUAUGUUGACAAUGGGAAUCUGGAACAGUGGGUCCAUGGGGAUGUUGGGGAUGUCAGUCCUCUUACAUGGGAGAUACGAAUGAAUAUCAUAGUGGGAACAGCCAAAGGUUUAGCCUACCUUCAUGAGGGUCUUGAACCGAAGGUUGUCCAUCGGGAUGUAAAAUCCAGCAACAUCCUACUUGAUCGCCAGUGGAACCCCAAAGUUUCUGAUUUUGGGCUUGCUAAACUCUUGUGUUCUGAAAAUAGUUAUGUGACAACUCGUGUGAUGGGAACUUUUGGUUAUGUUGCUCCAGAAUAUGCUUGUACUGGAAUGCUGAAUGAGAAGAGUGAUGUGUAUAGCUUUGGUAUACUUAUUAUGGAGAUUAUUUCCGGGAGAAGCCCUGUUGACUAUAGCCGUCCUCCAGGAGAGGUGAAUUUGGUGGAGUGGUUAAAAACCAAGGUUGGAAACCGAAAAUCUGAGGAAGUAGUUGACCCUAAGUUACCCGAGAUGCCUGCUUCAAAAGCACUUAAACGUGUACUGCUGGUUGCUCUUAAAUGCGUUGAUCCUGAUGCGACAAAGAGGCCAAAAAUGGGGCAUAUUAUCCACAUGCUUGAGGCUGAUGAUCUGCUCUUCCGUGAUGAACGUCGGAUUGCAAGAGAACAAUCCAAUUCUCGUUCUGAUGAUCAUCGAACGAACCGCAACUCUGCAAAAGUAGGUGAAAGACGAUUCGAUGGGGCCUCUGCUUCUGAUACAAGUGAAGGGGAUAGUGGGAGGAACUAUCACCAGCCAACUAGGUGGAGAUAAUGCUAUCAACAACAUUAGAGUCCUCAUUUGUUAGAUUGGUGGUGGACCAUUCAUUAUUCUCAUAAAUGUCUGCAUCAAUGCCAAAUUUCAACGUCGGAUAGUGGUGAGAGAUGGACCCGGCAACGGGCUCAUUUGAUUGCAACGGAUUCAUAUAUAUGUGUGUGUGUUUUCCUUUAUCUUUGUUGGCUUGUUGGAGUUGGAGCAAAAACAAGAUGGGAUGGUGGGGUCGUUAGAUAGGGGUGAAUUUCAACAUCAAUGCCAGAGCAUGGGAUAGGCCAUGGGAGCUGAAUAACGACAUUUGGCAAGAUAGAGUUAAGCUGGAUGUGGUGGACCCUUUUAGCUGCCUUUGGCAUUUUAAGGGCAAUCUCUGGGGACUGGGUCUUAUCCAAAUCAUCUAUGGAACCUGUCUUUCUCAUCCCCAAUUAAACACAAGUAGUAUUAGCCUGGUUGUCCUUUUGGCUUAUUGUUCGCUUUCUUUGUCUAUGAAGCUCAUGCAUUAUCACCCAUAUUCGGGUUUAAUCUGAAUCAAGUUCUGUGCGUUAAAAGUGAGCAGAAGAAGUGGGCAUAAAUUACUAGAGGGAAGAGCGGAGGACGGGGGAGACAAGGAUGUUAAAACUUCCAAGGCAUAUAAGCAGGACACAUGGGGGAUAAAUUCUCAGGCAUAUCAUUGCCUCUGACGAGAUCCUUUUAAUCUUGUCCCCCACCCACCCCCUUCUUUCCUCCCAACUCCUCCGAAGCAUUUCAUCUCUCACCCUAACAUGGCAAAACGCAUUCGAUGGUCCAUUUCAAUUUUUAUUUUUAUUCUUUUACAUUUAAAGUGGGGAUUAUUAUUAUUUAUAGGGAUUAUCUUAUGUUAUAACCUGGGAUUAGGAUGAAUUGAAGUUGAAUUUUAAUCUACUAUUUUAUGGA